CUCAGACAAAAGAAAAUGAAAAGGCAGCAAUUAAAGAAUGAUGAGUUAAAAGUAUACACACGCGACGAGAGACCAAAAAACUAUGACGCACUUGCUUGCCUUCCUCCCCAAUUCACGGAUGAUGAUGAUGAUGAAGAAGUCGCAAGUGGUGAAAAAUGGACCGUUAACUAUGACAGGUUCCUAAUUCCCUAGAUUUACACAUAAUUAAGCAGAAAUUAUAAUUCUCACUUUUAAAGAUCUAGUAAAUUUUAUGAAAAUC